UUUUAAAUCAUAACAAUAAUGUAUAAUAACCACUUAAAUUCAUUCAAAAGCUUCAAAAGGACCAAAAUGAGAAAUGUAUAAUAAAAAGUAGACCAGGGAAUCGAUCCCUCGACCUAGGGAUAGGGUGUUGCUCGGCUGAAUACACGAAGUACAUCAACCGCUUGGCCAAACGUUACUUCACUCACAAACACCAUAAUUAGUGUAUAAGUCCUUCAUAUGCAGCACAAAAAAAUAUAAUUGUAGAUUAAAUAUAUAUGUAUAUAUAGGGGUAGGGUGGGGUUUGAGUGGGGGCAGCUGCCCCCCGCCCCUACGUUGGAUCCGCCCCUGAUACUAGUUGAAUAAAACAGUGCAAAUGAUGGUAACCACCAGUACCUAAAAUUGACGAUUGGCAAGAGAGAUUACUCGCCACCACAUGAAAUUUGCUGAGGUUGUCGAAGAUGAAGCAAAGACCAUCACUUUUUUAGCAAUGGAAUAUGGUCAAGAAUCGUCUGAUUGAGGAUGACGAUCCUAUGCUAACAGUGCGUAUUUGGGAGGCACUUGUGAAAUCUUUUGCAAGCCAGAUGAAAUCCACUUUCACUGCUUCCAGUUUUGUGAAAGAAACCUUCACGGUUGGGUACCCGAAGCUCUUGUCUAUGAUAGAGAACCUACUCGAAAGAAUUUCACGUGACACGGAUGUGAAAGGAGUUCCUGCAGCUCUUACUUCUGAAGCUAAAGAUCAAAUGAUUUCUGCCAUUGAGCCGUUUCAGACUGCCUUCUUGGCACUCUGCUUGAGCCGCCUCUCUGAUCUUGUUAAUUCUGUGUUCUCCAUGUCUAGUCGGGGAAGCAUUCCGUCAAAGGAAAAUAUCUACAGGAUCAUAUCACGAAUUCAGGAGGAGAUCGAAUCCGUACAUAUGGAUGCUCGGCUGACUCUUCUCGUCUUGCGUGAGAUUAACAAAGCCCUGCUUCUGCUAUCUGAAAGAGCAGAAUAUCAGAUAUCCGCAGGACCUGAAGCACGCCAAGUCACGGGCCCAGCCACCUCUGCACAGCUAAAAAACUUUGCAUUGUGUCAGCACCUCCAAGAAGUUCAUGCCAGGGUGUCAUCACUCGUGGCUGGACUUCCAACCAUUGCAUCCGAUGUUCUCUCUCCUGCAUUGGGUACAAUCUAUGGUGUGGCGGGCGAUUCUGUCACAUCCUUAUUCCAAACAAUGUUGGAUCGCCUAGAAGCUUCCAUCUUAAAAAUCCACGACCAGAAUUUCGGGACACUUGGCAUGGACAACAACAAUGCAUCACCCUACAUGGAGGAGUUACAGAAGAGCAUUGUCCAUUUCCGGUCUGAAUUCUUGUCAAGACUAUUGCCACCUUCUUCUUCAAAUCCCCUCUCCUCCUCCACAGAAACCAUAUGCACCAGGCUAGUGAGGAGUGUAGCAUCUCGUGUUUUGACAUUCUUUAUCCGACAUGCCUCACUGGUCAGACCGCUAUCAGAAUCUGGCAAGCUGAGGAUGGCGAGAGAUAUGGCUGAGCUGGAGCUAGUGGUUGGUCAGAACCUUUUCCCGGUCGAACAGCUCGGUGGGCCUUACAGGGCACUCCGAGCGUUCCGCCCCGUCAUUUUCCUUGAAACAUCUCAGCUCGAAUCGUCCCCACUUAUUCAAGAUCUUCCUCCAAGUGUCAUCCUUCACCACCUGUUCUCGCGGGGCCCGGAUGAACUGCAGUCGCCUAUGCAAAGGAACAAGCUGUCUCCUUUGCAGUAUUCUCUUUGGAUGGAUUCACAAGGGGAGGAUCAGAUUUGGAGAGGGAUAAAGGCGGCAUUGGAUGAUUAUGCUGCAAAGGUGCGGAUUAGGGGGGAUAAGGAGUUCUCUCCCGUUUAUCCGUUGAUGUUGAAACUUGGUUCUUCAGUUUCAGGCAAUGAAAGUUGAACCCUUAAAAGAUACGGAAUAGAAUUUACUUCUUGCAAGGUUUAGCUAAUUACACUGUAAAUUUUAAAGCAGGUGAAACGCUCUUGAUUCUUUCAUUUUGUAGCGGAAGAUUCGAAUUUGUUAGUGAGUAAAAAGUAAUUAUUUAUUGUGGUUAUUUGAUUAGUCUCUGACUCUCUGCCUCUGGUGGAGUGGAAUGUUGGUUUUGUCAUUGUGGUUAUUUUAAGCGAUUUAAAACUCUGAACAA